CUGAAGAUGGCUUCAUGGACACAUGGUCAAAGAGCUUGGAUAGAGAAAACCUUUUCCAAGAGAGAGUGCAUCUAUAUAAUUGCCAACAGCAAAGAUGCUACCAGGUGCUGCUGUGGCCAGCUUAUUACUCAACACAUCCCAAUUCCUCCAAGUAUAACCACGAACAAGAAUGAAGAAAGAGCAACAAAUCAGGUGGAUACUCAGCCUGAGAAAUGGUCCAUCAGCAAAUACACCCAAGCGUUCCCGACUGAUGCCUAUGGAAAUCUUGAGUUCCAAGGCGGAGGGCAUACAAAUAAGUCUAUGUACAUCAGAGUGUCAUAUGACACAAAACCAGACUCCCUGCUCCACCUGAUGGUGAAAGACUGGCAGCUGGAGCUCCCCAAGCUCUUGAUAUCAGUCCACGGGGGGCUUCAGAACUUUGAACUGCAACCCAAACUGAAGCAAGUGUUUGGGAAGGGCCUCAUCAAAGCCGCCGUGACUACAGGCGCAUGGAUCUUCACCGGAGGAGUCAGCACAGGUGUCAUUCGCCAUGUUGGAGAUGCUUUGAAAGACCAUUCUUCCAAGUCCAGAGGACGCAUCUGUGCCAUAGGGAUUGCCCCAUGGGGCAUUGUGGAAAACAAGGAGGAUCUGAUUGGGAAAGAUGUGACAAGAGUUUAUCAGACCAUGUCAAACCCACUAAGCAAAUUCUCUGUACUCAACAGUUCCCAUACGCACUUCAUCCUUGCCGACAACGGCACCCUUGGCAGAUAUGGGGCAGAAGUGAAACUGAGGCGGCAACUAGAGAAACACAUCUCACUCCAAAAAAUCAACACACGGCUGGGACAGGGAGUUCCUGUGGUUGGAUUGAUAGUCGAAGGUGGUCCCAAUGUGAUAUCGAUUGUCUUGGAAUGCCUACGUGAAGAGCCGCCACUCCCCGUUGUGAUCUGUGACGGCAGUGGAAGAGCGUCAGACAUCUUAUCGUUUGCACACAAGUACUCAGAAGAAGGAGGCAUCAUAAGUGAGUCUCUGAGGGACCAGCUACUCGUCACCAUGCAGAAAACCUUUAACUAUAGUCGGAAUCAAGCUCAUCAGCUGUUUGUUAUUCUCAUGGAAUGUAUGAAAAAGAAAGAACUGAUCACUGUGUUCCGCAUGGGCUCUGAGGGUCAACAAGAUAUUGAGAUGUCUAUCUUAACAGCUCUACUUAAAGGUACCAAUGCAUCUGCACCAGAUCAGCUGAGCUUAGCAUUGGCCUGGAACCGUGUGGAUAUUGCGCGCAGUCAAAUCUUUGUCUUUGGACAUCGCUGGCCGCCAUUGGGAAGCCUUGCAGCUACAGACGGGACAGCUCCAGAAAAGGAGAAGAAAUCUCCGGCCCCUCAAACGAAAGCAGUGAGAGGGAAAGGGAAAGGCAAAAAGAAGGGCAGGAAACAGAAAGGAGAGCCAGAGGAAGAAAGUGAUCCAAGGAAGCUUGAGCUACUGAACUGGGUAAAUUCCCUUGAGCAAUCGAUGCUGGAUGCUCUGGUACUGGACCGGGUAGACUUCGUGAAGCUCCUGAUUGAAAAUGGGGUCAGCAUGCAGCGUUUCCUCACCAUCCCACGACUAGAAGAGCUUUACAACACUAGACUGGGUCCGCCAAAUACCCUGCACCUGCUGGUCAGAGAUGUUAAAAAGGGAAAUCUGCCACCAGAUUACCACAUCAGCCUAAUUGACAUUGGCCUGGUACUCGAAUAUCUCAUGGGAGGGGCAUAUCGCUGCAACUAUACACGGAAGAGUUUCCGAACCCUGUACAACAACUUAUUUGGAGCAAAGAGGCCUAAAGCUCUUAAACUUCUAGGGAUGGAGGAUGAUGAGCCUCCAACCAAAGGAAAGAAGAAGGAGGAGGAGGAAGUUGACAUUGAUGUGGAUGACCGCUUCCAGUAUCCCUUCCAUGAGCUAAUGGUGUGGGCAGUACUGAUGAAGCGGCAAAAGAUGGCCCUCUUCCUUUGGCAGCGGGGAGAGGAAACCAUGGCCAAAGCUUUGGUGGCCUGCAAACUCUACAAAGCCAUGGCCCACGAGUCUUCAGAGAGCGAGCUGGUGGAUGACGUCUCUCAAGACCUGGACAACAACUCAAAGGAGUUUGGCCAGCUUGCUGUGGAGCUUCUGGAUCAAUCGUAUAAGCACGAUGAGCAGGUAGCCAUGAAACUUUUGACUUACGAGCUGAAAAACUGGAGCAACUCUACUUGCCUGAAACUUGCAGUGGCGGCAAAGCACAGGGACUUCAUCGCACAUACCUGCAGCCAGAUGUUACUGACAGACAUGUGGAUGGGGAGGUUGCACAUACGGAAAAAUCCAGGCCUUAAGGUUAUCCUGGGGAUCCUCAUACCACCCACCAUCCUGUUCCUGGAGUUCCGCACCUAUGAUGACUAUUCCUACCAAACAUCAAUGGAAAAGGAAAUCGGCAAAGAAAAAGAGGAGGAAAAUGCGGGUGUGAAUGCUGAUACAGGUUCCCGAAAAGGAGAUGAAGAAGAUGGAAACAAAAAGCAAACGAGUCUUCCCAUUGGAACAAAGAUCUAUGAAUUCUAUAAUGCACCAAUUGUGAAGUUUUGGUUUUAUACAAUGUCAUACAUGGGGUACUUAAUGCUGUUCAACUAUAUAAUCUUGGUACGGAUGGAACCUUGGCCCUCGGUCCAGGAAUGGGUCGUCAUCUCAUACAUUGUGACUCUGGCUUUAGAGAAAGUAAGAGAGAUUUUGAUGUCAGAGCCAGGUAAACUAAGUCAGAAAAUAAAAGUGUGGCUACAAGAAUAUUGGAACAUCACUGAUAUGGUAGCUAUUUAUGUGUUCAUGAUUGGGGCCAUUCUCCGUUUGCAAAAUCAGCCGUAUAUGGGCUAUGGAAGAGUGAUCUACUGUGUGGAUAUCAUUUUCUGGUACAUCCGAGUACUGGAUAUCUUUGGUGUAAAUAAGUACCUGGGACCUUAUGUCAUGAUGAUUGGAAAGAUGAUGAUCGACAUGCUGUACUUUGUGGUGAUUAUGCUGGUGGUCCUGAUGAGUUUUGGUGUUGCCCGCCAAGCCAUCCUGCAUCCUGACGAGGAGCCAUCUUGGAGACUGGCCCGCAACAUCUUCUACAUGCCCUACUGGAUGAUCUAUGGAGAGGUGUUUGCAGACCAGAUAGACCAUAAGAGCAGAAUUCAUAUCUAUGCCAUGGAAAUUAAUCCUCCUUGUGGGGACAACCGUUAUGAUGAGGACGGCAAGCGUCUCCCCCCCUGUAUCCCUGGUGCAUGGCUGACUCCUGCAAUCAUGGCUUGCUACCUCUUGGUAGCCAACAUUCUCCUAGUCAACCUGCUGAUUGCCGUCUUUAACAACACCUUCUUUGAAGUGAAGUCCAUCUCCAACCAAGUCUGGAAGUUCCAGCGGUAUCAGCUGAUCAUGACUUUCCAUGACAGGCCGGUGCUUCCCCCACCCAUGAUCAUUUUCAGCCACCUUUACAUCAUUAUCAUUCGCCUCUGCUGCCACUGCAAGAAGCUAAGAGAAGGGGACCAAGAUGAACACGACCGAGGACUGAAGCUGUUUCUAAACGAUGAAGAGUUGAAAAAACUGUAUGAAUUUGAGGAGCAAUGCGUUGAGGACUAUUUCCGGGGAAAAGAGGAUGAAGAACAGUCAUCAAAUGAUGAGCGCAUCAGAGUUACUUCAGAAAGAGUUGAAAACAUGUCUAUGAGAUUAGAAGAAGUGAAUGAAAGAGAACAUUUCAUGAAAGCCUCCCUUCAGACGGUUGACCUUCAACUUUCUCAGUUGGAAGAACUCUCUGGCAGAAUGGCAAAUGCUCUGGAAAAAUUGGCGGGGAUCGACAAAGCUGAGCUGACUCACACACGCUCCUGGGCGUCCUCCGAAUGUGAUUCUGCUUACCUCCUCUGGCAAAACAGUGUGCACAGUUCCGAUGGCUACAUGUACAGGUACCAUGGCGAUGAGCUCACCUAUGACAAUGUGCCCACCUCAAUGUCUCCAGCCUUGGCACUGCGUAAAGCAGAUUCAAAGAUGCAGCUGCCUCCAGAAUGCCAAGGAAGUCUCCGCUCUGCCUCGAGUACAAAAUCAGUGGCUUCUACAGAUCAUAGUAAAAAUACUUUAGAUGUUACACAGAGUGUUUCUAAACCCCGUUCUGACUCAGUAGACAGACAGGAACACUGCAAGAGUGACGAGACAAUAUCCCAAGCCUUCAGUCAAAUGGUUAUGUUUGUGAAUGGAACCCGGCCACCACUUCAGAACCCUCACUUAGCAUUGGAAAGGACCAAAUUAGAAGCCACCAUCUCCUAUCCCUUGGACAAACCUAGAGCAAUGAGGUACUAUUCUUCUGAAGCAGUCAAUGCUUGUCAAGCAACCAGGAUGAAAUCAAGGAGCUAUAUAUUUGCACAAGGUGGAAAGAUGGCUGGAGGAGUUAACAACUGGGCCAUUAUGGACCAAGAAUACAGGACCAUCAUGGGCCAAGCGUGCCCUUCUACAAUUGAACAAUGGACUGCUGAAUGGCAGCAUGAGGUUCAGCAGAAGCUUGUUAAUGAGCCCCCUCCUGAAUAUCCUGGCAUUGUGUCCGAGGCAGAGAUGCAAGCUGAGCAGAAUCAGCUACUGACUGACACUGAAGAGGACAGUGAUGCUGGUGAAGUAGUGGAUCUCGAUGGCUCCCAUCCUUCCUCACCUGUCACCAAAAGGAUGGACAUGGACAAUAUGCUCUCAGUGAAAUCCGACAAGACUUGUGGCUUUCCCUCCGUACGGUCAAAGAGUUUACACAACCAUUCUCGAAAAGCCAAGUCCAUUAAGGACAGGCUUAACAGACCAGGGCAUGCCAGCAGUGUCAACAGCCUAGUGGUGGCCUGCGGUACUGCAAUGGAAGAGCAGAAAGCAAAGCAAGAAAAUGCUUCCACAGAAACUGAAUGCUAAAAUGGCAUUUUACUCAC